AAGAAACAUGUGUUGAUUGGCGUUUAUAAGUGCAAAUGUACACACGUGUAUUUGAUUGAUAUUUUGGUGUAAUUAAAAAUCAACAAAAAUGGGUAAAGCAAAAAAAAUUAAAGUAUCCAAAAAGGAACCAGAAACUACGAAAAUUUCUCUAGCUGAUCAAAUUGAAGGAGAUAAAAUAGUAAAAGGAAAAGAUAGACAUAAAGUUCGUCUACGCAAUGAUAAAGAUGAAGAGUUUGUUGACGCCAAUUUGUCCAAGAAAAUUUUGUCACAAGCCAGGAAACAGCUUAUGGAGCUGGAGGCAGAAAAUGAGGACUCUUCAAGCAAACAAAAACCACUGACAAAAUUAGGACCUGAUUUUAGUGAUGAUGAAAAUGCAGAGAGUGAAGAGGAAGUCACAGGAAAUGAAUAUUAUGAAAAUAUUGAAAUUAAUGAUGAAGAUGAACGAGCUUUACAAAUGUUUAUGGAUCAUAACAGACCUUCUGUUCGAACUUUAGCUGAUAUAAUAAUGGAAAAAUUAACAGAGAAAAAAACAGAAAUUGAAACACAGUUUACUGAUGCGGGUUCUCUACAGGUACAAGAAAUAGAUCCUCGAGUACGAGCAAUGUACGAAGGAGUUCGAGAUGUUUUAGCUAAAUAUCGAAGUGGAAAAAUACCAAAAGCAUUUAAAGUCGUUCCAAGUCUCAGAAAUUGGGAACAAAUUUUAUAUAUUACAGACCCACCAAAGUGGUCAGCAGCUGCAAUGUACCAAGCAACAAGAAUUUUUGCGUCUAAUCUUAAAGAAAAAAUGGCUCAAAGAUUUUAUAAUUUAGUUUUACUUCCAAGAAUAAGAGAUGAUUUAGCUGAAUACAAAAGGCUAAACUUCCAUUUAUAUCAAGCUUUAAGAAAAGCUCUUUUCAAGCCAGGAGGAUUUAUGAAAGGCAUUAUAUUACCUUUGCUAGAAUCUGGAACUUGCACUUUGAGAGAAGCCGUUAUUAUUGGGUCAGUAAUUGCGAAAAAUUCAAUUCCAAUCCUUCAUUCAUCUGCUGCAAUAUUGAAAAUUGCUGAAAUGGAUUACACAGGUGCUAAUAGUAUUUUUCUGAGAAUAUUUCUAGAUAAAAAAUAUGCUUUACCGUAUCGGGUAAUUGAUGGAGUUGUAUUUCAUUUCCUGAGAUUUGAAAGAGAGACCAGAGAGCUUCCAGUUUUAUGGCAUCAGGCUUUCUUAACGUUUGUGCAACGUUACAAAAGUGAUAUAAGUUCAGAGCAAAAAGAAGCAUUACUAGACUUAUUACGGAAACAAUCUCAUCCUUCAAUUACUCCAGAAAUCCGCAGGGAGUUACAACAUGCCAAAUGUCGUGAUGCGGAAACAUCAGAAAAAAUGAUAACAGAAUAGCUAUAAAAAUUGUCGGAAAUUUUUCUAUAUUACUGUUUUAAUAUAAUUAUGUAAUUAAUAAAGAUUGAACAAUAUUAAUAGUAUAAUA